AUGACUGAAGCUGAAAAACCGGAUCAUAUCAACUCUGCCAAUAUCAAGAUCUCACCAAAAUACGGACUCGAGAAAGGGGCUCCGGAGACUGAUUGUGAGAUCCCCAGUGCUAGACGGAUCGGCCAACGUCCUAGACUGUGUCUCAGGAAUGGGAAUGAUGGGUUCGCUCCAAUUAACGCCGACAAGACUGCAUACACGAUUGAUGGCCUGGGUGGACUCCCUUCUUAUCCAGGCCGGUGGAUACAUGUCAAGAUGGCCGACGAUCUAGCCGAAGGAAAGAACACGGCGCGGGUGCGAAUGGAUGCGACCUUUUUCAUUUCCAUUGAGAAGCGCUAUGAUUCAUUCAAUCCAUAUCCAUGUUUCCAAUUCGCACUCCCGAUAAUUGGAGUAUCUCGUCGCUCGUUCAUGCUAGCACAUUUGGAUCCUUGGGAAGUCUUCAAACGUUUACAAUCUCAACAGUCCUCCACAUUGUAG